GGCGUGGGAAAGAGAGCUUGGAGUAGCCGACCGCGCCGCCGCGGGAGCCGCGCCUGCCAGGGAGGGGGCGGGCGGGGAGGGCACGGCGCCCCGCUCAGCCUCAGCGUCGGCGGCUGCCUCCAGGCUGCACCUCGGGCCGUCUCCGCCGCGAUGAAGCGCCCUUGCGAGGAGACGACCUCCGAGAGCGACAUGGACGAGACGAUCGACGUGGGAAGCGAGAACAAUUACUCGGGGCAAAGUACUAGCUCUGUGAUUAGAUCGAAUUCUCCAACAACAACAUCUCAAAUUAUGGCAAGAAAGAAGAGAAGAGGGAUUAUAGAGAAAAGGCGUCGGGAUCGGAUAAAUAACAGUUUAUCUGAGCUGAGACGACUGGUGCCAACGGCUUUUGAAAAACAAGGCUCUGCGAAGCUAGAAAAAGCUGAAAUAUUGCAGAUGACAGUGGAUCAUUUGAAAAUGCUUCAAGCAACAGGAGGUAAAGGCUACUUUGACGCCCAUGCUCUGGCCAUGGACUUCAUGAGCAUUGGAUUCCGGGAGUGCUUAACAGAAGUGGCCAGGUACCUGAGCUCCGUGGAGGGCCUGGACUCCUCUGAUCCACUGCGCGUGCGCCUCGUCUCUCAUCUCAGCACUUGCGCCUCCCAGCGGGAGGCAGCGGCAAUGACAUCCUCCAUGGCCCAUCACCACCAUCACCCGCUGCAUCCUCAUCACUGGGCCGCUGCCUUCCACCAUCUUCCUGCAGCCCUGCUCCAACCCAACGGACUCCAUGCCUCGGAGUCAACCCCUUGUCGCCUCUCCACAACUUCAGAAGUGCCUCCUGCCCACGGCUCUGCUCUUCUCACGGCCACAUUCGCCCAUGCAGAUUCUGCCCUUAGGAUGCCAUCCACGGGCAGCGUCGCCCCGUGCGUGCCCCCUCUGUCCACCUCCCUCCUGUCCCUCUCUGCCACCGUGCACGCCGCCGCUGCCGCGGCCACCGCGGCCGCACACACUUUCCCGCUGUCCUUCGCAGGGGCGUUCCCCAUGCUGCCCCCAAACGCAGCGGCCGCCGUGGCGGCGGCCACAGCCAUCAGCCCGCCCUUAACCGUGUCCGCCGCCUCCAGUCCGCAGCAGACCAGCGGUGGAACAAACAGCAAACCUUACCGACCCUGGGGGACAGAAGUUGGAGCCUUUUAAGUUAUCCUGGAACUUGCAAAUAGUAACUGAAUGUCCUUCAUUUCAGAGUCAGCUUCAAACCUCUGCACCCUGAAGAUAGCCAUACAGAUGCCUACAGAUCUACAAAGGAACAGUAAAGCUGAGUCACAAA